AUGUCGACUCCCAAGGUAAACGGUGUCGGCACCGAACACCAGGAAAACAAUGUCCAACAAGUAAUUUCUCUCGAUGAAAAGCUUGGAGUGGGAAAUGUCACACAAGUGCAAGCAUCGUCAGUCGCACUCGCGGCGGCAGUGGCAGCGCAGAAACCCUCGUUGUUGAGCAAGAAUAUGAUAAAACUGUAUAUGAUUAUGAGUAUUGGGUAUUUGGUCUCUACGCUUAAUGGAUUCGACUCUUCGUUGAUGGGCAGUAUCAACGCGAUGAAACCUUACCAGCAAACCAUGGGACUUUCCGGAGAGGGAUCGAGUACUGGAAUUGUCUUCAUCAUCUACAAUCUUGGACAGAUCGCUGCGUUUCCGUUCUGUGGUUUCUUGGCCGAUGGAUAUGGUCGCCGAGUUUGCAUCUUCGUCGGAUGCUUGAUUGUUGUUAUUGGGACUGCUGUUCAAGCUACUGCCAAUGAUAAAGAGCACUACAUGGGUGGUAGAUUUAUUCUAGGACUCGGUGCUUCGCUUGCCUCCGCAGCUGGGCCUGCUUAUGUUGUCGAAUUGGCACAUCCUGCAUAUCGAGGUACCAUGGCUGGAAUGUACAACAACUUUUGGUGGUUAGGCAACAUCCUCGCGGGCUGGACAACAUACGGAGCGAACAAGAACCUCGCAAACUCAUGGGCAUGGAGAACGCCAACAGUGGUUCAAGCUGGAAUGCCUAUUGUCGUUAUGGCAUGCAUCAUGUUCUUCCCAGAAUCACCACGUUGGCUUAUUGCUCACGAUCGGCGCGAAGAGGCACUCGCAGUUUUUGCUAAAUAUCAUGGAGAUGGCGAUGAAAACUCUCCUGUUGUUCAACUUGAAUACCAUGAGGUACUCGAGCAAUUACAUGCCACUAGAGAUGAGAACCCAUGGUGGGAUUUCAGAGAGCUGGUAAACACCCCGGGCGCGAGAUAUCGAUUGUAUAUGGUCAUCGGAAUGAGUUUCUUCGGCCAAUGGUCCGGAAACAACGUCAUAAACUACUUCAUGCCCUCCAUGGUCAAAAAAGCCGGCAUCAACAAUCCCAACACGCAACUCCUAAUCAACGCCAUCAACCCAAUCUUCUCCAUGCUAGGCGCCAUCUACGGAGCAACACUUCUCGACCGACUUGGUAGACGAUUCAUGAUGUUAGCAGGUCUCGGCGGCGGUCUCUGCGCCUACAUAAUGCUCACAGCCUUCACCGCGUCCUCCGAAUCCAACCCCAACCUCUCCUACGGCGUCAUCGUCUCCAUCUACCUCUUCGGCAUAAUUUUCGCCUGGGGAUUCACACCCCUACAAACCCUUUACGCGGUCGAAUGUCUCGAGAAUCGCACGCGCGCCAAGGGUUCGGGGUUGAAUUUCCUGUUCCUCAAUGUCGCUAUGGUGGUUAACACCUAUGGUAUCAGUGUAGGCAUUGAGAAGAUCGGGUGGAAAUUGUAUUUGGUCUAUAUUGGAUGGAUUUGUGUCGAGAUGGUGGUUAUUUAUUUCUUCUUUGUGGAGACGGCGGGGAAGACGUUGGAGGAGAUGAAGUAUAUUUUUGAUGCGAAAAAUCCGAGGAAGGAGAGCACGAAGAAGACGAGGAUUGCGGUGGAUGAAAGGGGUCAGGUUCUACACGUGGGAGACGCUUAA